AUGCGCAAGGCGCGAUCUGUUGAGACGACACCGAGCGCCGCCGAUCGGAAUCUGGCUGCAAUCAAAUCAAAGGUAGUAAAGAAGCACUUUGCCAAGGCAACCGAGGAAACCGAGAUGCAACUGGACUGCAGCAACCUCGGCUGGGGCGACGCGGAGGCGGCGCAGCUGGCGGAAAUCCUCGCGAGCGGGGCAGCGCCGCGGCUCGAGAUGCUCAAGCUCUCUGACAACGAGAUUAGCGACGAGGGCUGCAAGGCGCUGGCCGCCGCCCUCGGCAAAAAGGGGGCAGCGCCGCGGCUCAAGUGGCUCUGGCUCGACGGCAACGAGAUUGGCGACGAGGGCUGCAAGGCGCUGGCCGCCGAAAUCAAGGAGUGGGCAGCGCCGCGGCUCGAGUCGCUCACUCUCUACCGCAACCAGAUCGGCGACGAGGGCUGCAAGGCGCUGGCUGAGCUGGAGGUCGUGUGCGAGGAGCGCGGCAUCAGCCUUGAACUGCGCCCCCCGGAUUGGGAGAAGGAUAUCGCUGAUAUUAUUGCUGCAGCUUUAGGGGGGGAGGGGCCCGGCGCGAUGGGCGGGGGCAACGGCCCGGGCGGCGGCUGCGAGGGUGGCACCUCGCGGAAAAGCAUCCACGCGCUCGCGGCGGCACUCGGCAGCAGCACGGCCGCCGUAGCGAGGUGGGCGCACAUCCCGGGAUCGUCGUCUGGCUUGCCGCCGAAUCGUGCCUACUUCCGCCCCGACUGCAUCUCCGACGACCAGGCGCACUUCGCGCCGAUCGUGCUCGAGCUGACGGCGACCGACGGUGCGACGGGCGUGUCGGUGCCGGUGGCCGGGAAGCAGGUGGUGUACGUGGUGGCGGGCGGGCGUAUGGCGUGCCAGCUGUCGAACAUGGGGAAGGCGAUCCUUGACCAGACGGGAGCGACGGGCGGGUGA